AUGGCUUCUUCGAAAUCGUCAUCUAAAUCUCCUACGCGCGAGGCUGGCCCUUCCUCAGAUCCACCCCACGAACCAGCCAUCACUGCCGAGCAUGCAGAGGAACCUCAGGACAACGACGCAGCCGUUACAACAACCGCCAUUGCUGCACAAUCACCAGAUGAUGAGAACGAUGAUGGCGCAUCCCUAGAAUCAGGCGAAGCGUCACCUGUUUCAACCCCAGCAAAGCCUACCAAGAACGCAGACGAAGAAGCACCACCGCUACCCAACGAGCCCCCGCCAGCGCAAGAGGAUGAUGGCUGGGAGUUCCACUGGGAUGAAGCCAAUCAGGCAUACUAUUUUCACAAUCGUGUAACGGGACAAAGCACAUGGGAAAACCCGCGGAUAUCAAAGGAGGCGGGACCGGCUGGGGGAGAGGCUAGCGCAGCCGGUGCAGAAAGUGUGGCAGAGCCACCCAAGAACGAGAAACCCCCGGCUGGAGGUUACAACCCGGCGAUUCAUGGCGAUUACGAUCCAAAUGCCUGGUAUGCGCAAAGCAACGACGAGCCAGCUGAGCAGUCCCAAUCAGUCGAUCCGGCUGCCGCCUAUGCCGCCAUCGGCUCAUUCAACCGAUUCACAGGUCGGUGGCAAGGCGGCGACCAGGACCCCGACCAGCACAAUGACGAGAACAAAUCCCGGCGGCAGAUGAAUGCUUUCUUUGACGUUGAUGCGGCUGCCAAUGCCCACGAUGGCCGGAGCCUCAAGGCUGAACGUUCGGGCAAGAAGCCAAGCAAGAACGAGCUCAAGCAAUUCAAGGAGAAGAGGAGGGCCAAGAAGGAAGAGAAGCGUCGGGCGUGGUUGCGGGAUUGA